GAGAGAGAGAGAGAGAGGGAGCACACCGGACCGGAGCGCAUCGGUCGGACUUGGAAGUUGCGAGCAUGGAGAUCCGUCCGGACCGCUUCAAGGUUCAGGCUGGGAAAACAUUGGGGAAAAUACACAGACUCCUCGAGAAACGGCAGCAAAAUGGCGAGACGAUUGAAUUGUCGGCAGAGGGUCGUCCUGAGCUGGUGGAGGAGAAGGAGCUUCCCGUUGUGGACUGCACGUGCUUCGGGAUGCCGCGGCGCUAUAUCAUUGCAAUCCUGUCAGGAUUGGGCUUCUGCAUCUCAUUCGGCAUCCGCUGUAACCUGGGCGUGGCCAUAGUCAGCAUGGUCAAUGAUCACACCGUUUUUUACGGGAAAAAGCCUGUAAUAGUGGCUGCUCAGUUUACGUGGGACCCAGAGACAGUAGGCAUGAUUCACGGCUCGUUCUUCUGGGGUUACAUCGUUACGCAAAUCCCUGGUGGAUUCAUCUGUCAGAAAUUCGCUGCCAAUAGGGUGUUUGGCUUUGCCAUUGUGGCCACAUCGACCCUUAAUAUGCUGAUUCCAGCAGCAGCAAGAGUUCACUAUGGGUGUGUUAUCAUGGUCAGGAUUUGCCAAGGGCUUGUGGAGGGUGUAUCAUAUCCUGCCUGCCAUGGGAUCUGGGCCAAAUGGGCUCCGCCCCUCGAAAGAAGUCGAUUGGCUACAACAGCAUUUUGUGGAUCAUAUGCUGGUGCUGUUGUUGCAAUGCCUUUGGCUGGAGUCUUGGUCCAGUACACUGGCUGGUCUUCAGUGUUUUAUGUGUACGGUAGUGUAGGAAUAUUCUGGUAUCUCUUUUGGAUUUUGGUGUCCUAUGAGAGUCCAGCCGCUCACCCGACCAUCACACCAGAAGAGAGGAAAUACAUUGAGGAUGCCAUCGGGGAAACCGCUGGCCUGGUCAACCCCCUUCAGAAAUUUAAAACUCCCUGGCGGCACUUUUUUACCUCAAUGCCAGUGUAUGCCAUCAUCGUGGCCAACUUCUGUAGAAGCUGGACGUUUUACCUCCUCCUCAUCAGCCAGCCUGCGUACUUUGAGGAGGUGUUCGGCUUCGAAAUAAGCAAGGUGGGGAUAGUGUCUGCACUUCCUCAUUUAGUGAUGACCAUCAUAGUACCAAUUGGAGGGCAACUGGCCGACUACCUGAGAUCACACAAUUUAAUGACUACAACAAAUGUCCGCAAACUCAUGAACUGCGGAGGGUUUGGAAUGGAAGCCACUUUACUCUUAGUUGUUGGUUUCUCACAUACCAAAGCAAUGGCCAUCUCUUUCCUUGUGCUGGCUGUUGGCUUCAGUGGAUUUGCAAUUUCAGGGUUUAAUGUGAAUCAUCUUGACAUAGCUCCACGCUACGCUAGUAUCCUGAUGGGAAUCUCCAAUGGAGUGGGCACUUUGUCAGGAAUGGUGUGUCCUCUUAUAGUUGGAGCGAUGACCAAACAUAAGACACGUGAGGAGUGGCAAUAUGUGUUUCUCAUUGCAUCCCUGGUGCAUUAUGGGGGUGUGAUUUUUUAUGGGAUCUUUGCAUCAGGUGAGAAGCAGUCAUGGGCAGAUGCUGAGGAUACCAGUGAAGAGAAGUGUGGCAUUCUGGGAGAAGACGAACUGGCCAAUGAAACAGAAGAGUUGUACAGGACGGGUGGACAGUAUGGAGCUAUCAACAACCCACAUACUGGUGGUACGAAUGGUGGCAAAACUGGAAGCGGAGCAGGAUGGGUAACAGAUUGGGAUAAAAAAGAAGAAUACGUUCAACCAGUCGGGACAAAUAGUUAUCUAUAUGGAGGAGAGGGAAAAAGAGAGCUCAUAUAAUGGAUAAAAGAGAUUUGAAGUGUAGAUAAUUGGACUAAAUAAUAAAUAGGCUACACACUAAUACCAAGUGAUAGAGUAAGUGAGUGAGUUGAUGUGUGUGUGUGUGUGUGUGUGUGUGUGUGUGUGUGUGUGUGUGUGUCUGUCUGGUAAUUAUCACAUUGUGAUAUUAACACAAAGAUAGGAAAUACCAGUAAAUUUGUAACCUUGUGGGGACAUUUUUAGGUUCCUCAUGAGGAAACAAGCUUAUAAAUCAAACAAAAUUAUGAUGUUUAUUGAAAAUUUAAGGUAUACAAUAAAGUUUUCUGUGAUGGUUGGGGUUAGGGUUUGGGCAAGGCAAUAUACAGUUUGUACAGUAUAAAAACCAUAUACGUCUAUGGAAUGAUUGCAGGUAUGAGAUAUAUGUGUGUCAAAUUGAAAAACAGCAUAAUGUAAAUUAAAAGGCCUCAUUUAUGUAUCUUUAGAAGCCACACUGGCAAAACCUCUGGCAACCUGUCAGUUAACUGUGCAACUUACACUCAGUUCCUAUAAGAACCCUAAAGAGUGACAAAUGUUUUCUCCCGUGAACCCACCAAAAGAGAAAACGUUUUGUGACUUUUGAAAUGUAUUUUUAUUUCCAUGGGUGCAAAAAAAUUAGGUAGCAACCUAACCCUUAGGUAUACAAAAGCGGUCACUGGAAUGGUACCCUUUAAAAGAUCCUAAUAUGUAUAGUUUAUGUACAGAUAUGUAGCUGUGAUAUACCAUUAUGUAUCUGUAAGGAACUAAAAUGUACCUUGGGGGAUUAAUAUGCACUCUUUAAAAAGUUCUAAUUUUGAAAGGGUACCACCCCUGUGCCCCUUUUUUUGUACUUUUUUUUUUCUAAGGGUGUACAGAGGGUUCUUCCAGAUUGUCAUCUGAGGGACAUCAAUCAAUGCCCUCAGAAUCAUUUAGAUUUUUAUAGUGAGUGGUGCUCUAUGAAUUAAACAGUAAGUUCAGUAUUUUAGGUGUUCUGCCAAGGUCACUGUAAUGCACUUAAAGUGGCAAAUCGAUAGACGUGUUCAAGGAUGUUGUGUAAAAGCAUAUACUGUGUGAGCUUUCGUGUACGUAUGAGUAUUAUUCUUUACUGUGUUCACUUCCUUUUGUUUUAUCCAGUGCUUUAAAUAUUAAAUGGUGCAAGCAAACCCAUGGAUGUAAAUAUGUGUAUUUGGCCAUAAGUAUAUAUAAAGUACGUUUUAAAUGUGAGUGUAUGUGAAAUUAAAUGACCUACUUCCUCAUCACUGGGUCAAUGCACAAUGCACAUUUUUGUUCUCUGGUGUACAUUGUUACGCACAGUAAUUACACACACUAAUGUGAGGUAAACACAUGCACACACGUGUCCAGAUAUAUGAGAGACUAUUCAGUCAGAGUGCAAUAUGAAUUGAGGGAACCAAUCAGAGAACAGAAUUACGAAUUAAAAGAGGAUGAUAGUAUAUUUAUGGCUUUCUGCCUUUUCUGCAUUGUUAUUCUACUUAACUUUUACUGUAUUUGUGUUUUUUUGUUCAUGCUUCUCUCCUUAAUAUUUAUUUUUUUCUCUUAUUUGUCAGAAUUGUGACAAUAUAUAAACAACAAGAAGAUCAAAACAACUCUUAGAACUAAUAAAAUAAUUUACAAAAUGUGUACAAAUGUAUAUGUGAAAAUUCCUUGUGUACAAUAAAAACAAAAA